AUGACAGACAGUGGUGAAGUUACACCUUAUAUCACAGACAGUGGUGAAGUUACACUUUAUAUCACAGACAGUGGUGAAGUUACACCUUAUAUCAGAGUCAGUGGUGAAGAUACGCCUUAUAUCACAGACAGUGGUGAAGUUACACCUUAUAUCACAGACAGUGGUGAAGUUACACCUUAUAUCACAGACAGUGGUGAAGUUACACCUUAUAUCACAGACAGUGGUGAAGUUACACCUUAUAUCAGAGUCAGUGGUGAAGUUACACCUUAUAUCACAGACAGUGGUGAAGUUACACCUUAUAUCAGAGUCAGUGGUGAAGAUACACCUUAUAUCAGAGUCAGUGGUGAAGAUACACCUUUCAUCCAAAUAACUAGUGAAGAUAAACCCUCCAUCAGAAUUAAUAGCGAAGAUAAACCCUCCAUCAGAAUUAAUAGUGAAGAUACACCUUAUAUCAGAGUCAGUGGCGAUGACACACCGUAUAUCAGCCAUGAUAUCCAGUUUCAGAACGUGAAAUCAAAGUUCGACUCAACAAGUUAG